GGGUAGUAGCCCUGCCUGGCUUUGAACUCUAGGUUCAAGAUGGCCUCUAACUCGCGAUCCUCCUGCCGUAGUCUCCCAGGAAGUCUGUCAUCUAUCACUUAACGUCGCCAGUACAGCUGGAGCGUUUCCCGUGGACUAUGACAGGCUGUGCAUCAGAACCGUGAGACCCGAGCAUUGCCGCCGCCUCAGUGAUGGAGCUGGGUGUGAAUCUGGUCCGCUUGACUCCUGUCUAAUGGCACUUUAGUCUGUAUCAAACACGGGCAACGCCGAGGGAAAAACAAAAAGAUGCCACGAAGAAAGAAAAAAAUUAAAGAAGCCUCUGAAAGCCAGAACUUGGAGAAGAAGGAUCCAGAAGCCAGCAGUUGUGUCAGUAUAAAGAAGAAGCGUAGACUGGAGGACCUACUCAUAGUGAUCUCUGAUAGUGAUGGAGAGGAAGCAAAAGAGGAGAAUGGAUUGCAGAAAAUGAAGACAAAACAGUCAAACAGAUCAAAGUGUUUGGCUAAAAGAAAAAUUGCACAGAUGUCAGAAGAGGAACAAUUUGCUUUGGCUCUCAAAAUGAGUGAGCAGGAAGCUAGGGAGGUGAACAGCCAGGAGGAGAAAGAAGAGGAGCUCUUGAGGAAAGCCAUUGCUGAAAGCCUGAAUAGUUGCUGGUCUUCUGAUGCUUCUGCUACCAGAUCUCGACCUCUGGCUACUGGACCAUCUUCACAUUCCCAUCAAGAGAACACCAAAGAUUCUGGAACCACUGAAGGCAUAUGGCAGCUGGUACCUCCAUCACUGUUUAAAGGCUCACAUAUCAGUCAGGGAAACGAGGCUGAGGAAAGAAAGGAGCCCUGGGACCACAAUGAAAACACUGAAGAGGAGCCUGUCUCGGGCAGCUCAGGAAGCUGGGACCAGUCAAGCCAGCCAGUGUUUGAGAAUGAGAACGUUAAAUGUUUUGACAGAUGUACUGGCCACUUGACUGAGCACACACAGUGUGGGAAGCCACAGGAAAGUACUGGGAGUGGUUAUGCUUUUUCCAAAGCUGUCCAGGGUAGGGGGGACACAUCUAGGCAAUGUCUUUCUACCCCAGCAGACACCAAAGGACUCCAGGACAUUGGGGGCACUGUGCACUACUACUGGGGUAUUCCAUUCUGCCCUGCUGGAGUAGAUCCUAACCAAUAUACCAAUGUCAUUCUCUGCCAGUUGGAGGUUUAUCAGAAGAGCCUAAAAAUGGCUCAGAGGCAGCUUAUUAAAAAAAGAGGGUUUGGGGAACCAGUGUUACCUAGACCUCCUUUUCUGAUCCAGAAUGAAUGUGGCCAAGAAGAUGAGACUAGUGAAAACAAUGAAGGCAUCUCAGAAGAUAUGGGAGAUGAAGCCAAAGAGGAAAGGCAGGAAUCUAGGGCAUCUGUCUGGCACUCAAAAACCAAGGAUUUACAAAAAAGUCCAAUUAAAAGCUUGAAACAGAAACUUUUGUUGGAGGAAGAACCAACAACCAGUCAUGGUCAGUCUUCCCAAGGUCUAUUUGUUGAAGAAACUUCUGAAGAAGUUCUGAAGAGUUCUGAAGAAGGAAAUUUUGUGCCUCCCUCACAAAGCAUUGCAGCUUUGACCAGUAAGAGAAGUUUAGUCCUUAUGCCAGAAGGUUCUGCAGAGGAAAUCACUGUUUGUCCUGAGUCACAGUUAAGUUCCCCUGAGCCCCUUGACCUCAAUAGAGAAGACUCUCCAGAUAGCAGCGAGAUCCCCAUUGAAGUUAAAAUGACAGUGAAUGAUAAGCAGGUUGAUAAUGGUGAGAGAGAAGAUAGUGAGAAAGCAAAUCCCACUCCUGCAUUCUCCUCUAGUACCCGGGUGUCCUGCCCACUGUGUGACCAAGACUUUCCUCCUGCAAAGAUUGAACAACAUGCCAUGUACUGCAAUGGUCUGAUGGAGCAGGAAACAGUGUUGACUCGGAGACAGAGAGAGGCCAAGAAGAAAAGUGACAGUAGAACAGCUGCCCAGACUGCCCUAGACACCAAGAAGGAGAAGUGUUAUCUAUGUAAGUCCCUGGUCCCGCUUGGAGAGUAUCAGUGUCAUGUAGAGGCCUGUCUCCAGCUUGCAAAGAGUGACGGUGGAGAUGGAACCAAAGGGAGUAAGAGAACAAGAGUGUAUGCAGCUGUGGAGGGCAAACAGCAGCAGCAGCCGAGGAAAUCAAAGGAAAAAGGUCACAGUCAAGGCCGACUGCUCAGCCUCUUGGAACAGUCUGAACACAAGACCACAGGUGUAGAGGAAAAAACCAAGUCUUCAGAAGCAAGAGCCUUCAGGAUAUCUUCACCAGAGGUGGAAGAGGCUAGCUGCAGCAGAGAGAUGCAGAGUUCCCUACCACAGCUCAACUUAAAUGAGUCUCCCAUCAAGUCUUUUGUUCCUGUUUCAGAAGCCACAAAUUGCUUAGUGGACUUUAAAGACCAAUUUACUUUCCGGUCACGAACCAAAUCAGGCAGAGGAAGGAGGAGAAAAUCUUGACUGUCUUGGGACUGGAAGUUGACCAGAACCAUUGUUGUUGGGUUGGUCAUGUUCAUUAAUUAUAGUGGUCUCUAGUUUGUUGUGAGAGUUUCGACCCUAUCGUUUUCACCACCAGCACCCACUCAGCAUCCUGAUUUUUAUGUUUUAUAAGAUCUUUUCAGACAAUUGUGAACAGCAUUCUGUUUUACAACAGUCUAUUUAAAUUUGCUUAUAGUUAAAUUUUAAAUAUAUUUAUCUAUGUUUAUAUGAAAUCUUGUUUCAAUAUAUGGAGAUUUUCUUUCUUUGUAUUUCUGUUGUGAGCUUUGGAUGAGGAUAUUUUAAUUGAAGAGGUAGUUUUUCACUCAUAAACUGUGUGUUCCUGAAUGAAUUUCAUAGUUAAUCUUUGAUAUACUAACCACAUUCAUUUCAACUGCACUGCACAAUUCUGAACAUUGACUGAACCUGGCAUCAUUUUGGAUGUACCAAAGAUGUUGAAUCCCACUACUUACUGUUAUCUCUUUCAUUCAGUGACCACCUAUAAGUUCAUCUUGCUCUACUCACCCAGUUAAGAAUUGUAAGCCAGGAAAAUAGAAAUGUGACCUGCCAUCCUUCCCCUGGAAUUUUGUUUGUUUUGUUUUUGUUUUUCAAGUCAGGGUUUCUCUGUGUAGCCCUAGCUGUUCUGGAACUCACUCUAUAGACCAGACUGGCCUCGAACUCACUGAGAUCCACCUGCCUCUGCCUUUGAGUGUUGGGAUUAAAGGUGUGUGCUACCACCGCCCAGCUUCCCCUGGAAUUUUUAAGUGAACACUGUUGUAUUAGUUCCUAUGUAGUUUUUUUCAAAGUAGAUUUACCAGUGGGAGUACCAGGCACAGUUAUCUGUUUAAACCAGAUUUUUUUCGUUUGCUGCUACAGAUCAUGUGGCAGCAGCAAAUUCUGUUUCAGUGGCAGUACUAGAGCAGUACAUAUUCUCCACAGUGUUGCCUGAGCCCUUCCAGUGCAGAAGAGAGGUGUGGUUUAUCCUUAGUGCCCAGGGGACCCAAAGUGAGAGAUUCCAAUAGCAGAAGGAGCUAACCAAAGGAGGUAGUCAGACAAGGGUGCAGAAGAGCCAGCUGGUGGACAGCUGAAUGAAAGAGACUGUAAGAGGUAGAUAUCAGCAGUACAGGAUCUUAGACCAGGGUAAGCUAAUAUACAGCUCAGAUGCCUAACUUGUGAUUCAUCAUAUCUAAAGCUGUUUUUUAUUUUAAAAUGAAAAUGAGAUGUGUGCCACACUGGGGAAUUCUUAGCUGGACUGGAAGACCCAGUACAGACAUUAAGGACUAUGUCAUGUGUAGAUGUAACCAACCGUCUUAUUAAAUAAGAAACACAGAGCCGAUUCAGAGAAGAAAGCCAAGAGGUCAGAGCUAAGAGCCUCACCCUUCCUGCUUCAGCGAUUCUCUUCAGCCAAGAGAGCUCUCCGAAAGGGACCUACUUCCUGUGUGUAUGUCUUUAUAUAGUCUAGCUGUUCUGCCUUCUCAUUGCCUGCCUCGUCACUGCCUGUAUGUACCGCCCUCCAGGUCCUUAAAGGCGUGCACCACUGCCGCCACACACUUGCUAUGGCUCUAAUAGCUCUGACCCCCAGGCAACUUUAUUUAUUAACAUACAAUUAAAAUCACAUUUCAGUACAAGUAAAAUACCACCACAGUCAUGCCCUUUGCACACAAACUCCUUGAGUUGUAGUCAAGAUGGAAAAUACCUGUUCCCACCACAGGCAAUGUCUUGCUCUGGGUUGGAGCCAACACUGCGACCAGCAUCACACAUACAAUUUCUUAUUUUUUGAUCAAUCACCACAGUCCAGCCAAUAUAUGUACUGUCAUUUUAUCCUCAUAGAAACAUGUUUUUAAGCCGGGCGGUGGUGGCGCACGCCUUUAAUCCCAGCACUCAGGGGGCAGAGGCAGGCGGAUCUCUGUGAGUUCAAGGCCAGCCUGGUCUCCAAAGUGAAUUCCAGGAAAGGCGCAAAGCUACACAGAGAAACCCUGUCUCGAAAAACCAAAAAAAAAAAAAAAAAGCAACAUGUUUAUAUAUAUAUAUAUAUAUAUAUAUAUAUAUAUAUAUAUAUAUAUAUAUAUAUCUCCUCAUAUAACCAACUCUGAGAUGAGGAAACAGUUGGAAGAGGAACAAGUAAAAGGACUGUAUACCCACGGCUGUGAGACUAGUCAUGGACUCUCUUCAUUUCUAAAGAAAACCUUGGCUUUUGACAUCAGUACUGAUGGUUUUCUUGUUUUUCCUCCUGAGGAAAAGUGUACCAGACAUGUCCCAUUAGUAUAACCCUCAUUUUAUAUCUCUCAUUAAUUGGCCAUUUAGGAGGUAGAUCUCUAUAAAUGCUGUAGUUUGUAUUUCUGUAUAUGAAGUCAAGGGAAAGUGCUGCUUCUAGAAAGAGAUUAGCUAAAAUUUGAGCAGGCUCUAGAGAAUGUGGGCCAUUGGCUAAGGGUAUAGAUUAGCAAGACCAGGAAUUCUCAGCCUAAAUGGGACUCAAGGAAAGAGAAGACCCCCCCAACCCCCACAACUGCCUUCAGUGGGGACUGCUCAUUUGUCCAAUCUGUCGUCCCUUACUGUAGUUUUGACGGUAGGUGCCUUAAUCAAAAAGUGACAAUUAUGUCAGAUCAACCCAAGUCUGCACCCUGCUUCUGAAACAAGUUACUCAGUCCUUCUUGGACUUAGUUUACUUGUCCGUAAAAUGAGGGGAAAAAAUACUUAAAGUGUUCUCAGUAUUAACAAAAUGUUUGUAAAGAUGCUAAACACAUUUGCUACAAAUGUAUAGUGGCAGCAACUGUCGCUAACGUUACUCUACUUUUGUAUAUCAUCAAUAGUAUUGCAGUGAGAGGUGGAGGGCCAGAGAGGUGGUCUGCAGCUGCAAGAGGAGACAUUUAUCUGAGGAAUGAGCACACUGGGCAACUCCCCAAGACCCGUGAGCCACAGGAAGCCUGGAUCUUAGACACUUAACUUUCCUGGGGCCUCUGGGUAGUUCUUCUGAAAGAUUGCCAGCUCAUGGGGAAUUUCAAAGCUCCAUGAACUAAACAAACUAAUGCUAUAAACUGGGGGAGACUUGUAUCUAACAACAUCAUAGUUGUGAUCAUUUUGUCCUUAUCAGAGGCUGUACCUGACCCACUUUACCCAGGUACUUACCCUUCUAUAGACUCUAUACUCACAGGGCUUUAUUGAAAAUACUUACAACUGUGUGUUACAAGAAGGUGUCUAUAGCACGAAUCUUAAAUGGUCUUUUUAAUAAAAACAAACCCAAAGCCAGGUAUUGAGGUGAAUGCUGGAAGAUCAGAGAAGCAGAACAAGCCACAGCCACAUCACCUUGCCAAUUCCUCGCUGAUCCUGUUUCCUCACACUGGAAGCCUCUGUCUGAGUCCUCAUCCAGAAUGAAUCUCAGCUGAACUACUGCUAAAAGCCUAAAAGCUUAACUAGCUCUAGUUUCUGGUUUUCAUGCCUUUAUACCUUUCUGCUUUUUGUCAUCACUUCCUGGGAUUAAAGGUGUGAGUCACCACGCCUGGCUGUUUCCAGUGUGGCCUUGAACUCACAGAGAUCCAGGCAGAUCUCUGCCUCCAGAAGGCUAGGAUUAAAGGUGUGCGUGCCACCAUUUUCUAGCCUCUAUCUAGUGGCUGUUCUGUUCUCUGACCCCAAAAAAGUUUAUUAGGGUGCACAAUAUUUUGGGGAACACAAUAUCACCACAUUUCCCCCUUUUUUUGUCUAAAAUUAAAAAAAAAAGCUUAUAACUAAUACAAGAAAAAUAUAUCCAGUAAGUAUAUACAAUAUAUACAGUCAAGAAUUAUAUUAACAAUGUCUAGUCCAUUAACAUUUGAUAAACUCAGACAAAAAAUUUUCAUUACUUAUCCUAUUUAAAACAAGUAGUCCCUUUUUAAAAGUAGAUUCAAUAAUUGACCUUUUUAUCUUAUCAUAUCUUUCCAAAGGGGAAGGAUGGCAGUGGCAGUGAAGGGUAAGAAAGGGUUUUUAGUAUCAGCUCUUAGCUACUGCUCUGACCUCUUGGGCUUUUAACUCUGCAUUUGGCUCUGUGUUUCUUAUUUAAUAAGACAGUUACAUCCACAGGUGUCCCUUAGUUUCUGUUGGCACAAGCUGUAAGUGCCAAGAACUAGUGCUCUGGUGCAGCUCUUGGCCAAUAAAAAUAGAAGUUGGAGUAUAUAAGUAACCCAUUUUCUUCAUGUCUCAGGUGGAACAACUGAGAUACAUUUACCGUUUUCUCAUGGAUCCUCUUGUAGAGUUGGACCAUCAUAGCACCCAUAACAACUUAAAUGUGUCUUGGCUUCUUUUUCUUGCUAUCUCACUUUAAAAUUCCCUCAUAACUAGGUAUGAGGCCCUUACUUUUGGGUUCAUGUAAGUACAGGGUUAGCACUUGCAUGAACAUGCAGCAUUCUAUCUUGCUUACUUUCAUCACCCUAAUUUCAGCUCUAUUUUGGAAUCUUCUGAAAUACAAUAUAUGAUUAGGUCUAAUUCUCGGGAACCAAACCUGGAAGUAGACCUCUUGACUCUACUUAAAAAGAAAAAAAUCUGGUCGUAGUGGCACAUGCCUUUAAUCCCUGCACUGGGGAGGCAGAGGCAAGUGGAUCUCAUAAGUUCAAGGCUGGUCUGGUCUCUGUAAACAAAUGUUUCCUGUCUCAAUUGCCCAGUCCCAAAUAAACACACAGAGGCUUAUAUGAAUUAUAAAUGCUUAGCCAAUAGCUCAGGCUUAUUACUAACUAGCUGUUAGAUUUUAAGUUAACCCAUAUUCCUUAUUUAUGCUCUGCCAUGUGGCAGUACCUUUGGCAUGUUCAUUUCCUGCUCCCUGUGUCUGGCUGGCGACUCCUGACUCUGCCCUUCUCCUUCCUAUCAUUCUUAGUUUGGUCACCCCACCUAUACUUUCUGCCUGGCUACUGGCCAAGCUUUUAUUAAACCAGUUUGAGUGACAAAUCUUUACGGUGUACAAGAGGAUUAUUCCACAGCAGAUCUCCAUAAUUCAAAGACAGCCAGGGCUAUGUAGAAAAACCCUGUCACGCAGAAGUAGGUAGACUCAAGGAGUUCUGGCAGCACUUACUGUAAGCAUGACUUAUAGAUGGGCCUUUCAUAUUCUGUUCCAUGUUCUGCUUCAGUGAAACAAAGUUGAGAGACUAAUCCCUGGCUAGACAGGACGCUGUGUUGCAGGUGAUGGCCAUUUACCAUUUUGCCCUCCCCAGCUUCACUUUUUACCUCCCUUUUACUGCCUGUAUGGCUGGUUGGUGUCCAAUAAAUGUAUAACAAGGCUGAUAUCUA